UUUUCUCCAGUAUUUUUAUCAUAACAUAUACUCAAAAUCAAUCAAUACAGGAACGUCUAGUCUACAACUUUAUUAUAAUAACAGAUGGCGUCAGUCCCAUCGUCAUCUAGUCUCCCAGUGUCGCAUGUCCGUCGUCAUGAAGACGUGUCAACACCAAGUGCACCACCAACCAAACGAAGUAAUAAUCAAUCUCAACCUCCAGAAAGCUACGAACCCAACACCUGGUUGCAACAACAACGAGAGCAGGAACAACAGAAAAAGUUAGCUGCAGAGAAUAUUAAGAAGCAGAGUAUCGAAGCAACGGGAAACAACGAGAUGGUUGGGGAGGAGGAAGAGGAUAUUCUCUCAAAACCAUGUGGUCCACACAAACGACGAUUCCAAUUUGUGAUGAUCCGUAACAUUACAUUUGCAAUUCCGGAAGGCUAUGACGUCGAGCCAAACAGCAUUGAGUAUUUGGGUGGAGGCUCGUUUGGAAAUGUUAUAAAAACAAGUGCAGUGUGCCGUGACGGGCUUCGUCGUUAUGUUGCAAUAAAGAAGAUGCGAGAACCGUUCUUUGAUCCACAUCAUGCUCGUCGCAUCUUCCGUGAAACAAAACUUCUUCAAUUAAUGAGACAUGACAAUAUCAUCUGUGCUCUUGACAUCUACACACCUGACGAGGAAAACGAUUUUCGAGAUGUAUACGUUGUCACUGAAUUUGCGGGUCGUAGUCUUUAUCAGAUCUUGAAGCAACAAAGAGAUUAUGGACGGCGCGUGCUGACCGACGAGCAUAUCAAAUUCAUCAUUUAUCAAAUCAUACGUGCACUUAAGUACAUUCAUUCUGCUAAUAUUAUACAUCGUGACUUGAAACCAGGAAAUCUCGCGUUGACCGAUGAUUCUGACCUCAUGAUUCUCGAUUUUGGACUUGCAAGAUCCUUGGAAAAGAAAGAUACUUCUCUAACACAAUAUGUACAAACAAGAUGGUACCGUAGUCCAGAAGUCAUUUAUUGGAAGAUUGAUAGUUACACAAAUCUGGCAGAUAUGUGGUCACUUGGAUGUAUUGCUGCAGAACUUUUAACUGGAGAACCACUGUUUCCGGGUGAUGAGCCCAAUGCUCAAUAUCAACGUAUUACUCAAUUAUGUGGAAGUCCUGAUGAAGAACUUUUGACAAAGAUUGAAAAUGAUAACUCGUCUGCAAUUAAAGCCGUAAUUCAAUCCUACACAACUCACAAACGUCGAAAUUUCCGUGAUGUAUUUUCUGCUCAUAAUCCAUCAGAAGACUUUAUUGAUCUACUUGAGAAGCUUUUAGUUUUGGAUCCAGAGAAGAGGAUUACGGUGGAAGAAGCUAUUCAACAUCCAUAUUUGGCAGAGUUUUCACUUCCAGAAGAUGAACCAAGAGCUGAUCAUAUAUUUGACUUGGAUGACUCUCAAGCUAGAACAAGAUUCGAGUGGAGAGAUGCCGUCUGGAAGGAAAUAAUGAACUACAAAAGACUCAGCUCAUCACCGUUAAUCCCUGGAGAAGCAGAUCGCUGAUUUCAUUCAAUUAUAUUAAUUGUAUAUAAUUCCGGAAAUGUAUUACUUCUUUUCCCUCUCUCUUUCUCGUCUCUUUGUCGUUCAGUGAUAGCAACACUUUACAGGUGAUAAUGAUGUUUUCCAUCUUCUCUUUCAAAUUCUUUCAGAGUAUUUAUUUUCUUGCAUUCUAUAGCUUCUUCCUUUUAUGUCUCUGUCUCCUUCUCUCUUUCUCUUUACUUCUCCAUUUCUCUGAAUCUCUUUGUCUCGUUUUUCUCUCAUGCUUUUAUCCCAUCAUAUUUUUUUAUAUUCGUCAUUCUUGUCAUUGCACCCUUACACAUACUAAUUAGUUCAAUAAACUUAUUUUCUUUUGAC